UAGGUAUCCGCAAAUAUACACAUGAACGAAAGACAUUUUUGGCUCAUGAAUAUACGUACAUACAUAAAUACAUACUCCAUAUUUGGAAUCUUCAAUACACUGACCAACAGGAAAAUACUGGUCGCUCUAGCAGACCACAAACAAACAAACAAACAAAAAAUCAAAGGAAGUAAUUUCAACACCAGUAGCAAUGGCAACAAAUGGCACACGUCAACUACUUCUAGAUGUGAAUGGCCAAGACCUCAAUCAUUUCAUCAAGAAACUGCUGAACAAUAUAUGCGACUUCUACGAUGAGCAGGACCUCAUAGAUGUAACAUUUAAGUUGUCUAAUCCGACUGCUAUGGUUCCAGCACAUCGCUUAAUAUUAUCAGCGGCAAGUCCAUAUUUUAAAGAUUUAUUCAAAAGCGACAAGGGCCUAACUCCUUGUUAAGUCUUGUUGCACAAGUCUUAAGAUUAGUUACGCACACUCAUAGGGCACACAUUUAGGAUGCGCAUGUCCUCAGCAUGUGGUAACGAUUGUAAGGCCGAUAAGUAGAACAAUAGAAAGUAGCAAUUGUGCGCACGUGCAACGGCAUUGUACACAUACAUACAUAGUGCACAUGCGCACAACAUGACCUAAGGGUUGUUUAGUUGGCAAUUAUAGACAUUACAAUUCAGUGCCAGGGUGUAUGGGAAUAGUCACGUAUGCAUUUCUUAAAUGUUAUGAAAUGCGAUUGGCUUAAAAUGCAAGUGAAACCGUAUACUAUUUUUAUUACUUCCUGGCACUGUCGGUUUAAGUGUUUUUCUAGAUAAGUUAUACAUACCUACUACAUGUGUAGUGCAACACACAUGUUUUAGAUAUACUAUGGUUAGGGUAAGAAUUGUGUAUGUGUAGGUUAAGAGUUUUUGUUAUAAAUAAAGGCUCUGGGACACCAGAGCGUGAG